UGGUCAGAGGCACAGCAAACACAGUACAGCUAUCCAAUUCUCAAUCCAUCAAGUCUCUGACUCCGUCAGUUCCCUCACGCGAAAAUGGAUCUCCCUCCCUCUCAAACUCGUCGUUCGCCCAGCUCGCCAUCGUCGCCACCAACCCUCCCCGACGAACUCAUGGCGGAAGUUCUCUCCCUCCUUCCCGUCAAAUCUCUCAUUCAAAUGAAAUGCGUGAGUAAGUUCUUCAACGCCCUCAUUUCCGAUCCCACCUUUAUCAAAAUGCAUCUCCGUCGAUCCGCUCGAAACCCUCAACUCACACUCGUCUCUGGAAAUUCCGUAGCAGAUUUCCGUUUCGUCACUCUCCCUAUCAACGGUUUUCUCGACAAUCCUCUGAUCACCAUUCCGGAGAAGCCUUUCCAUCCAUUGUUGGAUACUGUUCAUUACUGGUUGGUUGGUUCUUGUAACGGAUUGCUCUGCUUUGCUCAUUAUGAUAGUUUCACUGGUAGCUAUAGAGAUUGCUGGCUCAAUUUCUAUAAUCCAGCUACAAAUACUUUAUCUAACAAAUUAGGCCAUUUUAAGGAUUAUUGCAAGAAUCGUUAUUUCUUCUCUAGAUAUGCAUUUGGUUAUGAUAGUUUAACUGAUAAUUAUAAAGUAGCCGCUUUACGAGUGAUUGGUGGUGACGAAGAAAUUGGUGACACUGAAACUGAAACUCAAUUGAGAACAGAGGUGAGAGUUUUUAGUGUGGCUGAUAAUGUUUGGAGAGAUAUUCAAGAUUUUCCAGUUGGUCCUCUCCGGUUAACUCUUCCGAGUGAGAAUCAUGGUGCUUAUUUGAAUGGUAGUCUUAAUUGGCUGGCGCUGCGGAAUUGUUACUCCGCUGAUAGGUUUUAUCAUAGUAAUGAUAUUGCUCUUGAUCAAUUUGUGAUCAUUUCACUUGAUCUGGGUGCUGAGAGACACGUGGAGUUAAUGCCGCCUCAUGGUUUAGAAGAAGUGCCGCUUAUUGAGCCGACUAUUUCUGUGUUGACGGACUCUCUUUGUUUUUGUCAUGAUUUCAAACAAACUUGUUUGGUUAUAUGGCAGAUGAAGGAGUUUGGGGUUGGAGAGUCUUGGAUUCAACUCUAUAGAAUUAAUUAUCAAAAUCUUCAACACAUUGGAUGCUGGUUGCCGUUGCACAUUUCUCAGGAUAAGAAUACUUUGGUAUUGGCAAACAAGCGAGACCUGCUAGCUAUUAUUUAUGAUUGGACGAAUAAUAGAGUAGAGAUAGUUACCAAUAAACCGCGGUGGGCCUUUUGCAAGGAUUAUGUUGAAAGUUUGGUUUCUGUUAGUUGAGAGUUUGGUUUCAGUUCGUAGAAUAUUGACAACCCCGAGUUCAAGCACAUCUGGUGCUAUUGAUAGAACAUGGUGGAGUGCUUGGAAGAAAAAGGAUGAGGCUUAAUGGAACUAUGGAUAAUUUCAUCAGUUAUAAUACUUAUUUUGUUGAACACAUUAUGGCCUUCUGAUGUUGAACUUUAGGUUUCUUUGGAAACAUAUGCAGUGUAGCAACUUUGUGCUUUAUAAUUUGCUGGUUUAUGAUGAAACAAUUUUACAUGUUCUGAGAGACUGUAACAUAAGCAGACAGGAAUGGUUGAGGAUAGUUGACAAAAAUCCCUGGGCUAUUUUCUUUAGACUGCAAUUGCAAUAGUAGAUGGAUUUCUAUAUGAUUAGGGACAUCAGCAAUAACAAGAGUGGUAAUUGGAAGGCUUUGUGGGCUAUAACUUGUCACUCGCUUUAGUAUUGGAGAAACCAAAGAAUGUAUGUGGAUGAUUAUGUCAUGCCACAUAACUUAGCAAAAGAUAUUGAGGAUAAGGAGCAGUAUUACUUUAGGAGCUAUGAGCUGAACAACAAGAUUGCAGCAAGGAACAAAGAGGUGAAGCAAGUUCAUUGGAGUCCUGCUAGUGGUGACUGGACAACUUUCAAAACGGAUGGCUCGGUAAAUUAUGCUGGCUUGGCAAGCUGUGGAGGCUUAAUUAGGAGCAAUGAUGGCACUUGGAUUCAGGGAUUCACUAAGAUGCUUGGUAAUUGUCCUUCUGUAGUAGCUGAUCUAUGGGGAAUCUUUGAAGGCAUUAGAAUGGUUCAGAGCAAGGGAAUCACGAAGGUGGAAGUGCAAACUAAUUCAUAGGAGAUCUAUAAUGCCUUAGUUCAAGAGAAGCAAAGCUUGGGAGCAGGUACGGCUUUACUCCGGCUUAUCAUAAGGGAGCUUCAAAAAGUGUUGGAGUUUUGCAUUUUUCAUGUGUAUCGAGAGGCGAAUUGCAGUGCGAACUCUCUUCCUAAAAUGGGAAGUAGUUUUAAUAAUUGCCCUCAAGAUGUCGUGGUUCAUUAUGUAGUGGAUAAACUUGGGAGUUCCUCUAUGAGGACUGUGUAACUCUCUUCCUUUGCGGUCUUCGGCCCUCACCAAUCCCAAAAAAACGUUGCAAUAUACUAAAUUUACUGUUUAGAUUAUUAUUGGUAAUUAUGUCACAAGAUCUGUAUACUGUGUAAAAUAAUUUGUUGUUAGACGAUUUAGGACUUGGCCAUGUCCAUAUGUUUUUCUGCAUUAUUUACUAGUGCUUUAAAUUAUAUGGGGGUUGCGCUAACUGGAUGUUUUUUAGAAGCCCUUUGAAUGAAUGGUAUUGAUGUAACUAUGAAUUAGGUUAGGGUCUACAAGCAUGAUACAGCUCUUACACAAUACUUUCUGCCUCUAAAAGAUAAUUUUGCAAUCAUUGUUUCUUUUACUUUUCAUAUUUUACUAUUAGGGAUUAAGAAGUGCCGAGAAAAAGAGGAAUUCAUAUAAUGUCAAAGUGAGAGAAUGAUUUCAUUGAUUGAAGUUGAUUACAUAGCAGAGAGAUGUGUGUGUCUAUAAUGGUUGUCUUUCUUUUAAUAUUAUAUGGAUAAAUGAAUAACUUCUUUUAAUAUUUUGUCAUGCAACUUUGUUAAAGAUGUUCUAAGUUGCAAUAUAUUAAACUCAUUGUUUGGAUGAUUGUAUGUAACUAUGCAGU